CAUAGAAUCGCUGAUUUGACAUAAGAAAAACGCACUGUAAUUCUUGCUAAGCAUUGCAGAAAAUUAAAUUUUAGUCUCCGCCGAUUCAGUAAAAUAAUUGCAAACAGAAAGUAUUUUCGUGUAAUUAAUUAAGGCCAUUGAAUAUCGUAUAAAAAUGGUUGUUACUAAAAAAGAUGAAAAGUCUCCAGCUGAAGUGAAGAAAGAUAAUGUGAAAGAUUCAGCGGAAAAGGAGGCAAAUAAAGAUGCAAAAGAAGAAGGUAAGGACCAGGAGCUUUCUGAUGAAGAUCAACAGUUGCAAGACGAACUAGAGAUGUUGGUUAAUCGCCUUCAAGAGCCCGAUAAGUCCCUCUAUUUACCAGCACUGGAAAUGUUGGCUAAGUUGAUUAGAGCCUCCACUACGUCGAUGACUUCUGUACCAAAGCCUUUGAAGUUUAUGCGACCUCAUUAUGACACUAUGAAGACAUUAUACAAGCAGAUGCCGGACCAACAAACACGGCAAUUGUGUGCUGACAUUAUUUCAGUGCUCUCCAUGACAAUGGGCAGUGGCAAAGAUUGUUUGGCGUACCGUUUUCUUUGCGAUCGUUCUCAGAAAAUUGGUGAUUGGGGCCACGAAUAUGUACGCCAUUUGUCAGGUGAAAUCGCCUCGCAUUACUUAGAUACGUCUGAUGAAUUCAAAGCUCAGCUGAUCGAAUUGGUCAAACAGAUUAUUCCCUACAAUAUGGAACACAACGCUGAAGCAGACGCUUGUGAUUUGUUGAUUGAGAUUGAUCAUUUGCAUCUGUUGCAAGAAUACGUAGACGAAUCGGCUUAUCCACGCGUAUGUUUAUAUUUACAAUCUUGCUACCCGUAUGUUCCCGACCCGGAGAAUACUAUAAUUUUGGAGACGGCUCUGCAAUUAGCACGCAAGUUUAAUCAGCAUACGCAAGCUUUGCGUUUAGCUUUGAUGCUGAAUAAUAUGGAAAAAAUAACAGAAAUAUUUAAAGAACCUAAAGAUGCCGCCGUACAGAAACAGCUUGCUUUCAUGUUAGCUCGCCAGCAAGUAUGUUUGGAGCUGGAUGAAUCUGUGCCAGAUUAUGAUGACCUAAUGGAGAUCAUGUCUAAUGCAAAUUUAAAUAAACAUUUUUUAAAUUUGGCACGUGAACUUGAUAUCAUGGAGGCAAAAACACCGGAGGACAUAUACAAGUCUCACUUAGAUAAUGCGCGGACCCGCUUUGCAUCGAUACAGGUUGAUUCGGCGAAACAAAAUUUAGCUGCCAGCUUUGUGAAUGGUUUUGUAAACGCGGGCUUUGGAGUUGACAAAUUACUUUCUGAAGACGGCAAUAAGUGGUUGUACAAAAAUAAAGAGCACGGCAUGCUAUCUGCAACUGCUUCCCUGGGUCUCAUUCUGUUAUGGGACGUGGAUGGUGGCUUAACCAUGAUUGAUAAAUAUCUGUACUCUACCGACGAUUACAUCAAGUCAGGUGCCUUACUCGCCUGUGGCAUUGUAAAUUGUGGUAUACGCAAUGAGGUUGAUCCUGCACAUGCACUGCUCUCCGAUUAUAUUGAUAAUCAGAAUACAUCGAUGCGUAUCGGUGCUAUUCUUGGCCUAGGCAUUGCUUAUGCUGGCUCUAAUCGUGCAAUUGUCAUAGAUACACUUAAAAACGUGUUUGCGACUAAUGGAAAAAACGCUGCGAAUGUAGAAAUAAUGGGUAUAACCGCCUUAUCGUUGGGCUUAAUAUCUGUUGGUUCCUGCAACGCUGAAAUUACCGAAAUUUUGUUGCAAACCAUAAUGAGUCUCUCCAAGUCCGAUUUGAAGGACACAUAUACCCGUUUCUUAUGGUUGGGCUUAGGUCUAUUGUACUUAGGACGGCAGAAAUCCACAGAAGCUGUUAUGGUGACUUUAGAAGUACUGGAUGAACCAUACCGUUCGAUGGCUACAACUAUGGUAGAUAUUUGCGCAUACGCUGGAACAGGAAACGUAUUGAAAAUACAACAUUUGCUACAUAUUUGCUCUGAUCACUAUGAAUCGUCAAACGGCGAUGGCGCUGACGAGAAAGGAAAGAAGGAUAAAAAUAAAGAAAAGGAUAAGGCUGACAAAGAGAAAGAAAAAGAAAAGGAAAAAGAAAAGGAGAAAGACCUUUCUGCAACUCAAGCGAUCGCUGUGUUGGGUAUUGCUUUAAUUUCUAUGGGUGAGGACAUUGGAGCUGAAAUGGCUUUCCGCUCCUUCGGAAAUUUGCUCCGAUACUGCGAGCCUUGCAUUCGUCGUGCUGUGCCACUCGCUUUGGGCUUAAUCUCGGCUUCUAAUCCUAAACUAAAUAUUUUAGAUACUUUAAGCAAAUUUUCACAUGAUAGCGACUCCGAAGUAGCACAUAAUGCUAUUUUUGCUAUGGGUCUUAUAGGAGCAGGUACUAACAACGCACGUCUUGCAUCCAUGUUGCGUCAGUUGGCACAAUAUCACUCAAAAGAUCCGAGCAAUUUGUUCAUGGUCCGCAUUGCACAAAGUUUAACACAUUUGGGAAAAGGCACAUUGACACUCAGUCCCUACCAUAGCGAUCGGCAGCUGAUGAAUCCCAUGGCUGUGGCUGGUCUAAUGGCGACCCUUGUUUCUUUGUUGGAUGUUAAGACUCUAAUAUUGGGACGUUCACAUUACUUGCUGUACACAUUGGUGCCUGCAAUGCAGGCACGCAUGCUAAUCACUUUCGAUGAGGAACUAAAUCAACUGCAAGUACCUGUGCGUGUCGGUAUAGCUAUUGAUGUGGUUGGUCAAGCUGGUAAACCGAAAACUAUCACCGGUUUCCAAACCCAUACAACACCUGUAUUGCUUGCGAUGGGUGAACGCGCAGAACUAGCCACGGACGAGUAUAUCUCACUCACUCCUGUUAUGGAAGGUUUUGUAAUAUUGAAGAAAAAUCCAAAUUUUGUCAAGUAAUAGUUAUAACGCAAUCAGACGAACUUACACUAUUUUCGAUAGUAAUACAUUUCUUAUAAUUAAAAUAAAAUACUAAAAAACCUCUACAAAUA